AUGUCGUCCCGGCUCGUUUUAAAUCGAUCAACCGCUUAUGUUGUGACUCGAGUGAUUUAUGGAGCGUCAAUCCGCCCAAUUACUCGUUUUCAAUGCUUUACCACGCGCCCAAAUAUUCCCCGAAUUGCCGAGCCAGCAGUAUGGACAGCUAUGAUCCCAAAGUUCCUGCGUCGCGACAGGAGCCAGCAGGGUAGCUCUAAGAAAAGGGGAUGGAAUCCUGCAACCUAUUUUAUCGUUAUGUUUAUACUCGUAGGCUCGCAAGCCCUUCGAAUGGUUCAAAUCAAGAAUGAUUACGCGAAUUACGCCCGGAGCACGGAAGCGAAAAUAAGGGUGCUGAGAGACGUGAUCGAGAGACUUCAGAAGGGAGAGGAUGUUGAUGUCAGAAAAGUGCUUGGGACAGGGAAUGAAGUCGCUGAAAGGGAAUGGGAAGAAGGUAGGAAAUGGGAUCCUGCUCGUUAG